CCUGACUACUGAACUUGGAGUUAGAAGAUGAUGGAAAGAAUUCAGAGGAAUCAUCUUAUCUGAACAAGGCCAAGUUUUGUUUGUGGAAAAGACUGGGGUUCAGGAUGUCCUAUCCUAGACUUCCACCUCUCACUCUUUUCCCAGACCCUUAUACAUUUUUAGAGUGCCAUCAGAAUGGAGGGACAGUGCCCCCAACUGCUUAGAUUUAAACUAGACAAGAAAACAAGAGAAGCCACUGAAGGCUCUUCCAAGCCAAGCGCCUAACACCUUUUUCUAACCUUUUUGCCCCAUUCUUAAUAGCAUUAUCUGUCUUGUUUUUCUGUUUGUGCCUCCAACCUUUAGCGCAAUGCUUUGUACUUAGUGUUUAAUUAACAAAUGCUUAAUUCAUCCCUGAUCAUGAACCCCAAUUGUCCCCAUUUUACAGACCAAGAAACUGAUUCUCCGAGAGUAUAUCAAGUACUAGUAAAAGUGAAGACUGCUUUUCAGGAUAAAGGUUCAAUGUUUUUGCGACUCCUCCCCAUCCCCACCCCUAGCUGAGUGGGCGCAUUGCUUUAGAAAACAUUUCUUGAGUGCUUGGCUCCUACAACACUACCUGGCUCCGAAUUGGCGGGCUAAACUCAGGGGGAGACCAUGCAGCCCCACCUUGUGCAAUUUGGGGGACCCCCUUUGGCUUUUGUUCCUAUAUAGGAGAAAAAUCCGUAGGGUGAUGUGAGAUCCAAGCUGUAUGGCCACACCCCCUACCCCCCAAGAGUCAAACUGGGGGCGGAGCGGGUGGGCGACAGCUUGGGCGGCAGCGGCGGCGGCGGAUCAUUUGCAGCGUCGGAGUCGGACCAGCAGCUAGGGUAGCCCGCAGUCCCAGCAGUCCGUUGGGGCAGUUGGAUUUCAAGGCUUUUUUGAACAUGUCGGAUUCAAUCAAAGAAUGUCUAGAGCUCCAGCUUCUAGAGAUGGAAAUGUUGUUUUCUAUGUUUCCGAACAAAGGAGAAGUCUGUCUUGAGGAUGCUAAUUCCCUCCGGAGAGUGCGAAACUACCUGGAUCGUUCCAAUGGACCUCUGCCCCCCAAAAUUGGGUUUGUAAUUAUGGUCAUAAUGGCCCCUAAGGGGGACAUUGAACUGCAGGUUUCCUUUCCUCACAACUAUCCAAAUGCCAAACUGCAGCUCUUUGGGCGGUCCUACGGCCUCGACAGACAGCAGCAGCUGAGGCUCAAUCAGAAUCUCACGUCUUACAUCGGAACCUUCGACCCUGGCGAGCUGUGCGUGUGCGCCGCCGUUCAGUGGCUGCGGGACAACAGCGCACCCUAUUUCCAGAACAGCAAACUCUUCUCGGAACCCAUCAUAAAGGUAAAGACCGUGAAGACCGUAUUUCACCGGAUGUGGAUCUACAGCCACCAGAUAUGUCGGCAAGAGCUGCGAAAGAGGAUUCUGGAGAGUGCAAAGCGCCUGAGUCUAACUGGUUUUAUUCUGACAGGGAAGCCAGGUAUCAUUUGUGUAGAGGGCAGUAAAAAUCAGUGUGAGGAAUUCUGGCACACCAUCAGGUAUCCCAACUGGAAGCAUAUUUCCUGUAAGCAUGCAGAAAGUGUGCAGAUUGAAGGGGAUGGCGAUGAGCUGCGCCUCUUUCAGAUUUUUCAAGAAUUGCAGUUUGAGAGCAAUGGCCAUAGUGUCAGGCAUGAUUACCACAUGGAUCUGGGCAAGUUCUUGGAAUUUCUCAAAAAGCAUCACAGUGAACAUAUUUUUCAAAUAUUAUUUGGUAUAGAAAGCAAAAGUCAAGAAAACUAGAUGUUCACAGAGAGCAGCAUUUGUAAUUUUUCAAGUUAUUCUUUCCACUGAGACAUCAAAAAUAGCCAAAUUUAAGUGGAAUUUUAUGUGAUAGCUGCCGCAAAAUAGAAGCAAGGAUUUUGUUUUGCUUUGUUUUUUGUGUUUUUUGUUCUUUUUUCUUUUUUGUAGAAAAGGAGGUGUGCAGUGUAGACCUGUUAUUUUUAUUGGGGAAUUUUUCAUGCGGAAAGUUCCUUCAAAGAUAAAAAUUAGCAACUCAUCUUAACAUUUAACCCGAUAGUUGUUUGGGGCUCUGAGAGAUGAUGAACUUGCCCACAAUCACACAACUAGUCCAAUGGAGAGGCAAGAUUGAAAGCUGGUCUUCCAGACAUCCAGUCACUCAGCAGUGUUGCCUCUAAGAAACAGUCGGCCCCACGUAAAGGAUUAGUGCCUGCCUGCCGCCUCCUGCAUUGCUAGUCCUAGAUUGCUUUGCCGGCCUCUGAGUACUGGGUCAUUAGGCACCCCUGUAACCGAGUUUUGUAUUUCCUUUGUAUCUGACGCUAGGCACAAUGUAGAUAUGCAGAAAUAUUUGUUGCUUAGGGUGAAUGCCGUUGGGCACCCAUGGAGACUCGGUCACUAGGACCAUUGUAAAUAUUCAGAAUGGGAUUGUGACAAGCCUGGGACACCACCCCCAUCCCCGGGCAUCUGCGGGGCUGCAGCCAGCUCCCUUUGUGUGGCUAGAGAAAAUCUGGGCUUCCUAAAUUGUUGCAGGGGCUUCUGGGCCAUCCUAGAUCCUGUUGAGUCCCCGAAAGCAAUAGCAAAGUUUACCCCACCUCAUCCACCAGGGCAGGAACUCCCCAAGGGCUUAGUCCCAGGGCUGUUGCAGCAGGCAGGUGAGCGGCAGGCACUCUCACCCCAAUGCUCUCCACUGAGGGAGAUGCCAGAUUGCCCUCGUGGAGCUCACAGCCUAGAAAGGGAUAAAGACAAGCAGAUAAUUAUCGAACAAAUCUAUUUUAAGUGCAUCUGAGAAGUACAAAACAGUAUUAUGAGACAUCUGAAGAAGAAAGGGUCAUUUUCUCACAACAGUGAUAAGGAAGGCUAAAUUAACAUCCUAGCAAAAAUAAGCUGAGGUCAUGUCAUGGCAAAGAAAUUAAAGGAGCAUAACUUUUUAAAAUAAUUAGAAAAGUGGGAUAUAAGCAUAUUCUGAUAGAAUUUUAUUCCAACUAAUUCCUUGGACUAAUUAUCUCAUUCGUUUAGAACAUGGUGCUAAUGAGCAGUCAUUGUUGUGAGUUAAAUUCUUAAGAGGGGAAAUUCAGCUGUGUACCCCAUUAACGUGCAUCUUGGCCAGCUCUUUUGCAAAGAUGUAUCAUUAGUAGCAGCGGUAGAUCCAGGCUGAGAAAUGUGGAUGGUUUAGCCUAGUCUUAUUCCAGAAUGGUCUAAGGAAAAGAACACUGAAUUUUGAAUCAAAAGACCUAAUUUUGUACCUGGAUUUGCUACUUCAUAUUGUGUUUCCUUAGGCAAAUCCUUUCCCCUCUCUGGAAUUCAGUUUCCUCACCUAUAAAAUUGUCAGACUGUAUUAGAGGUUCUUAACCUUCUUUGUGUCAUGAACUCAGUCUGGUGAAGCCUUCUCAGAGUAAUUUUUUUAAUGCAUAAAAUAAAAUAUAUGGGAUUAUAAAAGAAAUCAACUAUAUUGAAAUAAUUAUCAAAAUAUUUUUUAAAAAAAUUCACAGACACUUGGUUAAGAACCUCUGGGUUAGUUGAUCUAGCUCAUCUAUCUAAAUCCUAAAACCUUCUGACCGCUUAGGGAGAGGUAGGGGGAGGGGGAGAAUGCUUGUUUUAAGUGUUAUGUCUUUAUAUAAAAAGCUGUUCACUUAUACAAAAAGCUGUUCAUUUUUUCAAGGGCUUUUUUUUUCUGUAAGUGAAAAUGUGUUGGUAUAAUAAGUGGAUUUUUUUUUCAUAUAGUGUUCUUAAAAUACAGAAGUGUACUUAUUACAAAUGUUUGGGCUUAAAUGUACUUGUUUUCUUGUCUAUUGAGUGGAACAAUUAUAUUUGCAUUUGCCUACUUUAGAAAAGCAUUAUUAGUAAAGCAAAAAGUACUUCCCCUUCUCAUUUUUCCUAGUACGAUAUGUCUGGAUAUCUCCUUUCUCCCUAUUACUCCUUUUUGUAAAUGUAUUCGUGUACGUGUCAUAUCUUCCUUCUGCUCUCCCUCCCCCCCAAAUGUAAUAUCCCUGAGAACAGAGGUUGUUAUUUUGUAUCUUUGUAUCCACAGUAAAGCAUAUUGAGCAUUAUAUGUAGUAGCUGCUUAAUAAAUGUUGAAUUGAUUCAAAA